AUGAGGCACGGCAAAUCUGAUGGCGACGAAGAUGAGCCUGGCGAGGAAAUCACCAUCAAUACUCAACUUCGGAGCUCUAUAGACCGUAAUUCUGUGAGCAGCCAUGAGGAGGAUGACGCACUCCCAUCACCUAUUGCUUCCUCUGAAGCUCAGAGUGAUAGCAGAAGGCCGGUUGCAUGGAGCGAGCUUCCCAGGAAAGACCAGCUUUUUAUCAUAACAAUGGCGCGGAUGAGCGAACCGCUUGUUCAAACAUCAUUACAGGCCUACAUGUUUUACCAGCUUAAAUGGUUUAACCCAUCGCUUCCCGACUCAACAAUCUCCAGCCAGGCCGGCGUUCUGCAUGCAAGUUUCACAGCAGCUCAGUUUCUCACGGCCAUGAUGUGGGGUCGCAUUGCCGACUCGAAACGCGUGGGACGGAAAACAGCGCUGCUGUUUCGGACAAUCGGCGGUGCUACAAAUGGUAACAUCGGUGUUAUGAGGACAAUGAUUAGCGAAAUUAUUCGCGAAAAGAAAUAUCAACCUCGAGCCUUCCUACUACUGCCAAUGACCUUCAACAUCGGCGUCAUUAUUGGCCCCAUUCUCGGCGGUAUCCUCUCCGAUCCGGCCGGCAGUUAUCCUAGCCUCUUUGGCAACAUCAGUUUCUUCGUCAAGUUCCCUUACGCGGCCCCCAACAUUGUCAGCUUCCUCUUCCUGCUGCUUGCCGCUAUUGCUGUGUGGCUGGGUCUUGAGGAAACACACGACGUUCUAAGAGAUGGGCCUCCGGAUUUGGGUACUAGGCUGGGAAAGAGACUGAUGGUAAAAUAUCGAAAGAGGUUCGGGACAACGCCUGAGGCUGAGGGAUACUCAUCAGUGCCGACAUCUGAUGUCGAGCUGAUUGGAGAGGAAGCACCCUCCACAAGGAAGUCGACGAAAAGGUAUACCCAGCGACUGCCUUUCCGUCGCAUCUUCACACGGAACGUACUCGUCACGUUGGUUGCGCAAUUCUUCCUCACAUUCCAUGUCGGGACGUUCAACUCGCUCUGGUUUGUCUUUCUCUCAACGCCAACCUCCGAACGGGAGAUUCGACUACCCUUUUGGUUUACCGGUGGCCUCGGCCUGCAGCCUCGCUCCGUUGGUAUGGCCAUGGCCAUUUUGGGGUUUAUCGGCAUCAGCAUGCAGCUAUUUCUCUAUCCGAACAUAUCCGCGCGUCUUGGCACCAUCAGAUCAUGGCGACUCUUCUUGCUCUUCUUCCCAGUGGCCUACUUCCUCGUGCCGUACCUCUCUGCUGUGCCUAGCACCACGCCGCCUCCUGAAGCAAAGACUGGCAUUCUGAUUUGGCUUGCGAUCUGCGGAGUCUUGUUCUUCCAAGUGACUGGACGGACGUUUGCGCUUCCCAGUCAAGUGAUUCUCGUCAACAACUGCUCGCCUCACCCUAGCGUAUUGGGAACAGUCCACGGGCUAGGUCAGAGUGUUAGUAGUGCUGCUCGCACCAUAGGGCCCAUGGUGGGAGGUGUGGUGUACGGUUUUGGUUUGAACAAGGGCAUUAUUGGCCUUGUCUGGUGGGCGCUUAGUAGUAUUGCCAUCUGUGCGUGCUUGACGAGCUUGUUCGUGAAAGAAGGCGAUGGCCAUGAAAUUUGGCUCGAGGGCGAUGAGGAAGACGAGCCGAGCGCAGAUCGAUAG